UUGUGAUCUUGAUUGGAGAGCACUAGAGCUCUGUGAGAAGAGUGUCUCCCUGUCCCCGUCGCACCCACCCCCCUUCAUAGCCAUUUUAACCUAUCCACAGAGAGAGAGAGAGAGAGAGAGAGCAGAGAGCAGUGUGACACAGCGGUCCUGGGAGCGGCUAGGUAGAAAGAAACCGGGAAGCAGGAGUGGAGAAAAAGUGUGGGAAGGGAAACAGGGAGAGAAGUGCUUCACCUCCGCCUGCUCCUCCUCCUCCGCCGGCACCUUUGCCGCCGUCGCAGCAGCUUCCAGCGUUGAAGGCGAAGACUGUCUUUUCUUACUUAUUGUCUCGCCAUCGCAUGCGUUCUCUUCUCUUCUCAUCAUCUUCUUCCUGCUGCCCGCCGAUCCCUCCUAAACCCAUGAAGAGAUUAUCGCAGAAUCCAAAGCUUUUCCGCUGGAAAUCCUCCCUCCUUUUCCUCUGAUGUUCUCAGUUCCGCUGUGAUCCUUUGUCGCCACUCACUCCACAGCUGAGAUGGCGGCGACUGCGGUGCUUUCUGAUUUUGUGGAAUGGAGAGAGAAUAUCAUCUCUCAGGAGCGCGGAAACCGCAUCGUCCACUACUACCUUGAGGACUCUAACGGGAAAUCCCAUCUCGCCGUCAUCGGCACCGAGAGGAGCUUGAGACACAUGCUCUAUGUGGUCUCCGAGGAGUUCCACCAGUCAUAUUGCCCGGAGAAGUCCGGGGUUUCAUGCCUCAAGUGGAGAUCGAGAAGAGAGGUCGUAGAUUGGCUUAGUUCGUUUCUUCCGGGGAAGAUCAAGUCGCAUAACCACUCCAGAGCACUGAAAAAUUGUUCAGCAAACCCUAUAGGCGCUAACAUCUCAAGUAAUGGAGUUAAUGAUUCAGGAGGCUUCUUGCAUAAGCAUAUGGAUCUUGGCAGGAGCUUGAAAGGCCAACACUCAGAGAUCUCCUGGUCUGGAAUUUCCUGGAUAUGUGGCAAACAACUCAAGCAUUACCAAGCUUUUUAUCGCAAUGGAACCACCAUUUUUGCCCAUUCUUUUGUUCUUGUUAUGUCGGAGGAAGAAACUCUCUAUCUUGCUUAUUUAGAAGAUAUGUAUGAAGAUAAGAAAGGACAAAAGAAAGUGAAAGUUCGCUGGUUUCACCAAGACCAAGAAUUUGAUUGUACAAUACCACCACCAGCUCCACACCCCAAUGAAGUCUUUAUAACUCCUUAUUCUCAGGUCAUAAGUGCUGAGUGUGUUGAUGAUGUUGCUACUAUUUUAACUCCUGAACAUUAUGAGAAGUUUUUGGCAACAUCUCCAUACUCUUCUUCAUGUGGUCUUCGUUUAUGCUUCAGGCAAUAUAACAAAAAGAAGUUCAAAUUCUUUGAUUUAACUACUCUGGGUGGAUAUUUUAAUCAGCCCAUUCUCUCUUCCUUGGAUAUCUGUUCUUUUUCUGGGGAGCAACGAUUCCGUAAUGCCUGUGAUAUAAAACAUGUUGGAUCGAAGAGAAUGACGUUCGUAAAGAGUCAUCAGAGGAUAUUGAAGGACCAUUUGGAUAUGAAGAUGUCGAGUGGCACAAAUGAUGCGAGAAAACUCUGGCCAGCAUGUCGUAACUUGAGAUGUGAUCUAACCAUGAGAAGACCUCUGUCGGUGAAGUUUAUUGGACCGCGUAAUUUGCGGAAGCCGCCUUUCAGGAUAGAUGAGAAAAUUGAGCUUCUAUGCCAAGAUAGUGGGAUUAGAGGUUGCUGGUUUAAAUGUACUGUUUUGAGAGUAACUCAAAUGAGAUUAAAGGUUAGAUAUGACAAUUUGCAGAAUGAGGAUGAUUGCGGGAAUUUAGAGGAAUGGGUACCAGCUUUCAAGGUUGCUGCUGCUGACAAAUUGGGCAUGAGGGUUUCAGGCCGUUUUACAAUUAGACCAUCUCCCGAGUGUAAUUUUAUACCAGAGAACGCUGCAUUGCAGAUUGGGACAGCGGUGGAUGCGUGGUGGAAUGAUGGCUGGUGGGAGGGGGUUGUUAUUGGAAUGGAAUGCCGUGGAGAUGAUAAUAUGCAAAUUUACAUUCCUGGUGAAGAUUUCUUCCUAUCUUGUCAAAGGAAAAAUGUUAGAAUUUCUAAUGACUGGUCAGGAAAUGGAUGGGUUAGAGUUGAUGCAAAGCCAGACAUACUCUCGCAGAUAUCUUCGGUUAGCCCAGUAGCGAAGCCAGCUGCGAACGGUGUGCUGGCCAAGGGUGCAGAGUCUGGCUGCUCGGCAAUGUCGGACCGUCAAGCCGUUGCUACGAAAGCUAAUUCGAUCGAAGCAGAUAAGCAAACAGAAGGAAACGAAGAAGAUGAUCGAGUGGAAGGCAGCUCGAGAGAUAAUACUAACGGGUCAUCGGACUGUGUCAAGUCUUUGGGUACAAGAAAACGGUGCAGGGAUGAUACUAAUGCCGAAAUUUAUGGAGCUGAGGUAGACUUAGAAGGAGAUGAUAAGACAAGCAAUUGAGUUAUUUGAUCCAGUAAAGUUUCCAAGCUGUACAUAUCUUACAUAUAGAGUAUUGUAUGGAAACUAGAGCAAAUUUCCAGGGUCAGCUAACUGGGUUUUUGUUGAGGGACCUUGGUUUUCUGCUCCCUGUUAUCUUUUUUUUUUUUUUAAAUUUUUUUAAGCUUCUACAUUAAAAACUUGUUCAGAUAACCCAUAUUCUAGUGGCUUUUUCACUGGUUCACCUCU